UUGAGCAUAAUUAGCACAAAUCACUUCCACGUCACUUCGGAACAGUUAUUCAAGUAAUAAUGGCGACUUCCUCACAAAGCCAAAUCGACGUAAAACUCGCAUCAAAUUUUGAAAGAUACGAUAAUGACAGAGCAAACGGCGAGUUACCUGUAUACAAUACAACAUCAGCGAAUCGCGGAGUUGUAAAAAUUAUCAACAUUUAUAAAGUGAAUCAUGAUGAUCCAGAAGAGCAUUGGCGAAAAGGCUCGGAAAUUGACGUUCGUAAUUUGGUAUCCCUAUUCGUACAAAUGGGUUUUACUAUUGAUAUAGAUGAAAAAACCAAAACAGGAUUACCAUAUACAAAACAGGAUAUCAUCGAUAAUUUGUCUGCGUUUGCUAAAAACGAGAAAUUAAAAACCGCAGAUAUGGCGAUGCUCUUUAUCAUGGGCCACGGAGGCAGAAAUUCAAACCAGAGCGAAUACUUCUUCGUAGCCAAUAAUGAAGUAUAUUAUUAUGAUGAUGUGUAUGAACAUUUCAACAACUCUAACUGCGAAUAUAUGCAGAACAAACCCAAAAUGAUUUUCUUCCAUAUGGGCAGAGAGACUGGUAAAUCUACUCAUGAAAUGGAGGAUGCCCCUAUUUCAGGUCCAGUAAUGCCAAGCUUCACUGACAUGCUUGUCAUCAAUGUCGCAGUUCCUGGCUUCAGUGCAAUGCGAAAUGAAGACGUGGGUAGUUUAUUCAUUAUCAAAUUGUGUGAGCAAUUUAUGAAAGAAGCCCAUGAAGACGAUGUCGUUACAAUGCUGGCUGCGGUGAAACAUAAGAUUUCCAAGGAAGCAUGUGAUAAAGCAUCGCAUGUUAUUGUGCAAACGGCUGCACAUAUUAAUGGAACAUUUGACAUGUGUUAUCUUAAUCCAGGCAUAUACCGAGAUGAUGAUGGAGUGGUUAAAUAUAUUAAAACUGAAGCAAAUGAACCAAAUAUUUCACAAGUUGGAGAAAAUGAUGAGUCUGAAGCCCCAGGUAAUGUUAAUCAGGAAGCAAAUUCAGCAAAUCAAUCUUCUAUAAAUAUUGGAGCAGGAGGAAGUGGUGGAGGAGGAGGAGGAGGCAAUAACGUAUUUAUUUUUUCUGUUGGGAAAUUGUUUAACUAACGUAUUUAUCGCGUUUAUAUGAUUCUAAGUUGAUUUAGAUACUUACUGCACAUUCAAUAAAAUGAUAUUUAUGUAAUGAUCUAUCAGUUUAAUAAAGACAAUAUUUAGACAAUA